AAGACGCUCACAGGUCUGUGCAACAUGUCGGCACUCACGCUCUUCAUCAUCAUCAUCAUUAUCAUGGCGGCUGGCAGUGAGGCCGAGGUGACAUCGUUGCCAGACUACGAUUACGACUACAACUCUACCUUUGGUUAUACCUUCUACAGUAACACAAGCAGCGAGGACCUGGAGAAGUUCCUGAAGAACACCAGCGACUUCCUGGACUCGCAGGAGGACUGGCAAGACCACGAGGAGGAAUCCACCGUGACUACAGCAACUGAGCCAUACAAGACGCUGGGAGGCGGGGUCAUCAUCUACAACGCCGCGUCCUUGUGUGUGUGUCUGGACGUGAUGCUGAUGUUUGCGGUGAUCGUGCAGCUGCACCACUCGCUGUGAGACGAGCAUCCAGGGGUCAGGGGUCAUGAGCUGGAGCUGCAGUGUUUGCAUGUGUCCAGCAGGGGACGCUGUUAUCUCCUUGACAAAUUAGAGCUGAUUUAAGCAUGUAAAUAAAAGCACACAGGUCAUCAAGAGUGAAAGAUAUUGUGUGUUUGUGUUGUCAUGGAAACACACACACGCGACUGUCAUAGUCACAUGUUUGAAAUUUGAAAUGUUUAUUUUCUUAA